GGCAAAAGGAAUUAAAGUCAUGUCGGCGUCACUGGACGUAUGGUUAGAAUUCUCGGCCAAAUACCUCCUGUAUGGCGCCUCCAUCAGCGUCUUUGACUAUGGCAUAUACCCAAGAGCGACUUCAUCGACUUCCAUAUACAGCUAGCGCUCCAGCCGUGCGCCAGUACCUGGCUGCGACGCUUGUAAACGAGUAUGGUCUCGAUUGGAAAGAGGCCAAUGCUUUGGCCAGUCCGUGGAAAUAUGGCCGUGGCGCAGAUAUGCAUGAGUUUGAUCAGCCGACUUUCCGAGCAAUUCUAGGCGCCGAAGUUGGGGCUAUCCUAUGGCUACACGUUAGACGUGUUUCAAAUAGCCAGAAGCAAACAUUAGGAGUGGCUGGCCUGUUUGCAAACCUACCCUCUAUCGAAUCGCUCAUCUAUUUGUGCUUUGUUUACAGCGCAGUAUGUGGAGGAAUAGCAGCACUGAUGAUGUGGACACAUUCUAACAUGCAGGACGAUGGUAGGGGGCUGGCAAAGAUUUCGACUGUUUUAUUCAUGGUGUCCGUGGCAAGUUUGAUAUCCCGACGUUUUCUUCAAUUAUAGUAUUAGGCA